UCCUUCACGAAUAGUAGCCAAACCCAUCACCCUCACCGCCACAAAUCACAUUCCAAAAGAUUCUUUCCACCGCACAUUCUCACUCUCGCGGUUCUUUUCAUUCAUUCUAACUAAACCCUUAAUGGCACCCACGACUCUCUUUCUCUCUCUUUUAUUAGGACCCUCUGCCUGUCCAUUUUCUUAAAUGUUUGAUUCUUUUCUCCCCCUCCAUUUUUCAUUUCUUGAAAUAUGAAAUUUGAAGACUACCUGAUGCAGCAAAGUGAUGAUAAGCAGAAAAGACUCGAUCUUGAAAAGGAGGUUGAGAAUUUGCGAGUAGAGUUAGAAGAAGAAGAAGCAAGAAACAAGGUGUUACACUGUGCACUUCAUGGUCCUGCCUCAGCACAUCCAUGUCUAGCCUCUUUGCUUCCACCUCAAGUUCAAGGACUUCUUGCAGAACUGGCAAUGGUGGAGGAAGAGAUUAUAUGGCUAGAGAGAAGAGUUGAUGAGCUAAAACUGAGCUUGUACCAGGAGAGGAAACUAACAGAGAAAUGGAAAUUACAAAGGAAGCAGCGGAGGAAGCUAAGGCAGCUACCACCAUGCAGACCAGGAAAUCCAUCUUUGGUGCUUGAUGAUGAGUCCUCUCAGCUAUGCAGAUCGCAACAUUUUGAAGAGUACAUAAAAGAUAAAAUGAAAUUCAAAAGAUCUUCUGUAGGUUCUGCAGAAGAAAUGUCAUAUUUGUUUUCCACUAGUGAUGAAAUAUCAAGAGGAAGAAUGCAAAAGGAGCAUUAUGUGUAUCAAGAAAUAUGCGACGAGAAACCAAACUCGCUUUCAGAAGAACUAAUCAGAUGUCUAAUAGGCAUAUUUCUUGACGUAAAUCAAGCACCACAGAGUACAGAAGGAUUAGCUAUUGUUCCAAAGCUUAGUCUCUCCUGCAUCAAUCCAAAAGGCUCAAAAACCUCAUUCAGUUGUAAAGCGUCGGUAUUUGCUUUCAAUCACAAUACAUCGAAUCUUGAUCCCUAUUGCAUUAUGCCAGAUUUAGACAGCGUUAUCAGAGAUAUUGGACCAUAUAAGAACUUCAUUCAGAUUGCAAGAAGCACAUUAGAUGUCAGUCGGUUUUUGGAAUGCUUACCAUUGGCCAGAAAAAUGAGGGUUUUAAUUCAUAAACUAGGUAAUGUAGACUUGACAUUCUUGACCUACAAGCAGAAGCUAGCAUUUUGGAUCAAUAUCUACAAUGCCUGCAUAAUGCAUGCAUUUCUAGAACACGGACUGCCUUCAUCACAGGAGAAAUUGCUGGCAAUCAUGAACAAGGCUGCACUGAAUGUGGGCGGAAUAGUGCUGAAUGCUUUGGCCAUCGAGCAUUUUAUUCUCCGGCAUCCAUGUGAAACAAAACAUGGUGCUCCUCCAGAUGAGAAGGAAAUGCUAUUACGGCAUGCUUAUGGUCUUGGGUAUCCAGAACCCAAUGUGACUUUUGCUCUUUGCCGGGGCACAUGGUCUUCCCCAGCACUAAGGGUCUAUACCCCAGAAGAAGUGGUAAAUGAAUUGGGGAGAGCAAAAGUCGAGUAUCUGGAAGCUUCAGUUGGGGUUACAAGCAAGAGAAAGAUUGUGGUUCCCAAGCUUCUGCAAUGGCACAUGCAAGAUUUUGCAGACAGCAUGGAAUCACUACUAGAAUGGAUUUAUAGCCAAUUGCCACGCUCUGGGUCAUUGAAAAGAUUGAUGAUGGAGUGCCUAAAUGGAGAAACAAAAUCUACUUCAACAAAAAUGAUAGAAAUUCAGCCUUAUGAAUCUGAGUUCCGCUACUUACUGCCCUUGUGAGAAGAAAAGUAACUGAUGAAAAAGAAAAACUUCUACCUCAGCUUAUGCCUCCACAUAUAAUAGAAGCACCAAGUUUCUCAAAAUUUAACCUAUAAAGCCUGCAAGGCUUGAGUGUUAAUUAGCUCAUCAAUUUUUAUGACUAUUAACCAUGACCCCAAGUCAUUGUUUGCAUACUAAGUUCAACUCUCUAAUGAUGCAAAUUCUAAGAAUUUUUGUCUUCCAUUUGGAGAGAAAGGUUUGAGUAUUCUUCCA